CCACAGCACGGCUCCAAUUGAGCUUCCAUAUAUUCUUUGUUUUGUGCGGAAAAGGGAGAAAGAGGAGUAACCAACCCCAAAUAUUAAUUUUGAGAGAAUCAUUUCCACACAUUCUUCAUAAAUUGCCAAAACCCAGAUAAACCCAUCAAACCCUCUUUAGAUAAUGUUCUGUUUUUAUUAUUUUACCAAAUGCAUAAAAAAUUGCAUCUCUCUCACUUUCAAGCACACACAUAUCUCCAUCCUACAAGGGAAGAAAGUUGACCAACUCCACUUCCAAUUGUUUGGUUCAAAGCUUCACUUAUAAUCCAAAUAUAGAACUAGGGACGGUAUCUCUCCUUGAAAGCAAUGAAAGAUUUCUUGGGAAGAAAAUUCCAACUACCACUGAGGAAGAAAGCCAAGGAAAGGAAGAACCAACAUCAAGAGGAGAUAGCCACAUUUUCAAAUCCCUUGAGUAAACUCCAAGCCUUUUCGCCCGUUUAUUCUCUGAUUUCAAGCCUACUCCGACAGAGGACAGCAGUCCAAUGGAGAAACACCAAUAUGGGUUCGUUUUCAUUUUCUCUAUUAUCCUCUCCCUUGGCCUCGUCUCCUUCCUUUCUUGUAUAGCAGCCGAGUUAAAGAGAACAAAGUUGGUGGAUCUCAAGUUAAAUGGAAAACUGUGCAGUUUGCCAGGAAGCCAUGCAUUUGGGUUUGGAAUUGCAGCUUUGCUCUGUUUGCUUGUCGCUCAAAUCAUGGGCAAUCUGAUAAUUUGCAGGUAUGCUUGUUCAAGAGACAAGAGAGGUAGCUGCAAGGCUCGAGCACCGGGGAUUGCCAAAAUCCUCCUUUUUAUUUCAUGGAUGAGCUUUGGAAUUGCAGUAAUAUUGAUGAGUGGAGCCAUAAGUAUGAGCAGAAGGCAACCCUAUGGGAAAGGAUGGCUGGAUGGGGAAUGCUACAUUGUCAAGGAAGGAACUUACAUUGGUUCAGCAAUUCUAGUACUGGUCACAAUAGGUUCAACUCUUGGCUCAGCCUUCACAGCAAACACAAGAUAUCAGGCUGAUAAAGGCCAAAAAAUACAUGCACAAGUAGUAGGAUGACAAAACAGAGACGAAUUGCAGGCCGGGGAAUUCAAUUCUAUGGAUAAUUGGAUUUAAGAAAAGAUCUGAGGCUUAUUUAUCUCUUCAGGCUAGCCUAGAAAAAAGAGAAUGGGAGAAGCGGCUGUGCCAACGUGAUCUAGCACCUGCACCAGCUGAUGAAGAAAGUAGAAUCAAGGCAUUUUUUUGUUCUUUUGAUUUUUUUUUUGAAUUUUUUUUGGAGGGGGAACAAGGGAGAAUAAAACAAAUGGGCCACACCCCAAGUGCCUUGAUCUGCUCCCGGAUCCAUUUUUAAAAGAAAUAAUU